GAUUCUUCUGACCUCGGUCGUUCAGAUGCGUUCAUUUUCACUGAGUGAAAACACCAGUGAUCGUUUUAAAGUGGAAUAUUUUUCAACUUCAACGUAGAAGGAUGGAAGCAUGAAUACAGUGCUCGGUGAGAAUUUUAAACUGUGGCUGCUGCAGUCGGCGUUUAGUUCAAACUUCUGUUGCCUGGUAGUUUAAGUAAGAAACCAUGGAACCGAUAACCAAGUGGACACCUAAACAAGUAGUGGAGUGGAUGAGAGGUCUUGAUGACAGUCUCCAGCAAUAUGUUGCCAACUUUGAGAGGGAGAAGAUCAGUGGAGAGCAGCUGCUGAAGAUCUCACACCAGGAUCUGGAAGAGCUUGGGCUGGCUCGUAUUGGUCACCAGGAGCUGAUUCUGGAAGCGGUGGACCUGCUAUGUGCUCUGAAUUAUGGAGUGGAAACCGAUAACUUGAAAAACCUAGUGGUGAGAAUGAGAGCAGCAUCCAACAAUCUGCACAUCAGUACAUCAGAGCGCAGGAAGAUUCCUAGCUACGAUGGCAACACCUCUCACAAACCCCCCAACGAGUUCCUUACCUUCGUGGUGGACCUGAUCAGUGCAGCAAAAAGCCUUCUCACAUGGCUGGACAGAACUCCUCUUACUGGGAUCAGUGACUUCACCAGUACCAAGAACAAGAUCAUUCAGCUGUGCCUGGAGUUGACCACCACAGUCCAACAGGAUUGCUCUGUUUAUGACAUGGAGGAGAAGAUUCUGGGAGUUUCCAAGGUGCUAAAUGUUAUCUGCGACCAGACUGUGAGAACAACCUCCGAUCCUCUAAUGAGCCAGCUGACAUGCCUGGAGGAAGUGCAGCUGACCAACAUCAAGCCAGGGGAAGGACUGGGGAUGUACAUAAAAUCCACCUACGAUGGGCUUCACGUCAUCACUGGCACUACUGAACAAUCUCCUGCAGAUUUGUCUCGCAAGAUUCACGCAGGUGAUGAGGUGAUCCAAGUGAACCAGCAGACGGUGGUGGGCUGGCAGCUGAAGAACCUGGUGGCUAAGCUAAGAGAGGACCCUAAAGGUGUGGUGCUGCUGCUGAAGAAGAGGCCAGCAGGCACGUCUGGGUUCACGCCUGCACCUCUUAAAAACAUGCGGUGGAAACCGCCUCAGGCACAGGGCUCCUCGUCACCCAGUAAAACCCAGUCGCCUGACAGCAGCAGCACUGGAUCAACAAGCAGGAAGCAGAAACCAGCCAUCUUAGACUUGUACAUUCCCCCACCUCCAUCAGUGCCUUACAUGCCACGGGAAGCGAGGACCAGCUCAAUCAACAGCGUUAACAGCAGACCUAAAGGCUCAGAGUCGCCAAACUCUUUCCUGGAUAAGGAAAGCCGCCACCGCUUCACCAUCGCAGAGCAUGACAAGCUGCCUGUCUACCCUAUGGAGGCCAAUGUGGUGCAAACUCGGCUUAGGGAGAGAAACUCCUCAUAUGGUAAACCACGGCCUCUCUCCAUGCCUGCUGAAACUUGUCUUCGUGUGACCGACCCUUAUGCCAGGCCCUGGACACAAGGAAGAAAAGGAGAAGAUCUCUUGUACAGAUACCUCAGCAACGAGCGCAUACCCACUAUAGCUGAGGAGGUGCCUGCAAUGGGGCGCUCAUACAAAUCUACAGAUAAACGAUGUGUACGAGGUGUAGACCAUGUGCGAAACAGCCGGGUCCUUGUCGGUGUAGACCUCCACAACAACUCCACCAUCCCCUAUCAGGAGGACUUUGCCAAAAAUGCUAUGACGUCCACUCCGAAAAGACCCCCUGCGGAGCCCUCGCUACUGGAUCCUGACUGGUCAUCCAGCAAUGUGUUUAUGAACAAGUACAGCACUUCAGCAAUGCGAGCCUGGUCAUUCUCUCAAGCGGCAUCUUUCCCCAUCUCACUGGCCCCUCAAACAGAUGCUGAUCAAUACAACCCUGUGUCCCUCCGGCUUAAGUCAAAGAAGAAGACUCGAGACAAUGCAACAAUGAGCAGAAGGAGGGUUUCCGUGAAGGACCUGGACCCAGUGGACCACCAGGGCUGGCUUUACAGAAAGACUGAGGGGAAAGGGUUCCUGGGCAUAAAGUGGAAGAAGUACUGGUUUGUACUGAAGAAAUCCUCACUGUAUUGGUACACCAAUCAGCUUGCUGAGAAAGCAGAGGGAUACAUUAACCUGACUGAUUUUCUGAUUGACCGGGCAAUGGAGUGUAAAAAGAAAUAUGCUAUGAAAGCGUGCCACCCAAAGGCCACAAUGUUCUACUUUGCUGCUGAGAAUCAUGAGGAGAUGAACAGAUGGUUGAAUAAGCUGGGUCUUGCAUCCAUACAGUAUGAGCCCACAGAAAGCCAUCCAGCUGAAUGCUAUAGUGAAUCUAGUGAUCAUGAGGAGGCUGAGUCGACUGAAGCACCCCCUCCACCCUACUCUGAGCAGCUGCUGAAACAAGACUCUCAGAGUGUGAACAGUCCAUCAGGAUCUGGACUGCCGAGGAGUCUUCCUCCUCCAUACUCAUCUCCUGUUCCCAGUGAGGCUUCGCCAUCCUCUCCAGUGAGCACCAUGACGUCCCAAAGCUCCAUGUCCUCUCUGGCCAAGCAGCGCCAAUCUUGGCUAGACCUUGUCUCCCAGGCUGGACCUACUGCUGCAGAGAACGUAGUGUCCAUUGCUCAGGUUCACGUUCGAAGAGACACAGUACAAGAAGCACCAUACUGCAGUGAGCCUGCUGCUGCUCUGGCUCAAGAACCCCAUGUAGAAGCCACAAAGCGAGCACCAGCUCAUUCAGGAAAGAAUCAGUUUACACAUAAACCUAUUGAGGAAAGCACUAGUGAUGAGAUGGAGAAAUUGUACAGAGAUCUGAAAAGGGCCAGUCUGUCUCCCUUGGGUGAGCGGAGGCCAUCAUCAAAACGGGAAUUCAGAGCUUCCUUUAUUAAACGCUGCAAAAACCACAAAGUCAAUGACAAGUUGCAUCUCGUUCGAGCGCUCAACAGCACACUAAAGGCUAAAGAGGCAGAUUUGCUGACUCUGGAUCAGGUGCUGGCUGAUUCUGCACUCACAGCAACUAAAUUCCGCAAGUGGAAGGAGGCAAACAUGGUAUUGCUACAGGAGAUGCAUGCGAGAGAUCCUCCUCCUCAGACCCAAUCCUGUGAGGUUUCUGAUUUAACAGCUGCUGUUUCCCAUCUAACAGAGACUAAUUUAUAGACACACUUCAAACGAAAAAAGUUCAGAACGAAAAGCAGGCCACAGUGGACCUGAGCCUGAAACAUUUCCCGUUUUACCACAUAUCUUAAAAAUGGAAGGACUUGAUGCAUUAUUUGUAUUUAUCUUGUGUUUUUUUUUUAUUUCCUGGUUUUAAGACCCGUCAAGUGUCUCACGUCAUUGCAGAGUCUUAUCAUGUUUUUGUGUUAGCUCUAGCUGGAGGAGAUUUUUUUUAUUGUCUCCUGAUAUCACAAAAUAUCUUUGGUGAACUAACUUUUUUUUUUAAACUGUGUACAGAUUUAGAAUGUGGUUCCUGUAAAUGUUUGCUAACAAUCAAAAAAUGGUUUAUUUCCAUUUUAGUGAAAUAAGAAUAAACACUCAACUGAAAUUU